AUGGCUUUCAAGUUUCAGUUUGUAGUCCUCGCCUGCUUCGUGGCCGCGGCCAGCGCCGGCCUCCUCCCGGCCGCCCCAGUGGCGUACUCCGCCCCCGUCUACCACGCGGCCCCGGCCUACCAGACCUACGCCGCGCCCGUCGCCAAGGUGGUAGCCCCCGUGGCCAAGGUCGAGGAGUACGACCCCCACCCCCAAUACACGUUCUCGUACGACGUGCAGGACGGCCACACCGGCGACUCCAAGAGCCAGCACGAGACGCGCGACGGUGACGUGGUCCAGGGCGCCUACUCCGUGGUCGACCCCGACGGCACCAAGCGCACCGUGGAGUACACCGCCGACCCCCACAACGGCUUCAACGCCGUCGUCCACAGGGAGCCCCUCGGCGCCCCCGUCGUCGCCAAGGUCGCCGCCCCCGUCGCCUACGCCGCCCCCGUCGCCAAGGUCGCCGCCCCCGUAGCCUACGCCGCCCCCGUGUACCACUCCGCCCCCGUGUACCACUCCGCCCCCGUGGCCUACCACUCCGCCCCCGUGGUCCACUCCGCCCCCCUCGCCUACUCCUACCACCACUAA